AUGCUUCUUGUCUUGGACACCAGAUCUGUUCCUUUACUGCGGUUACCUCAAUCUCGCAUUCCCUUUCAGCUAAUUUUGGCAACAGUGCGGGCCCUGCGUCGUUUCGCACCCGCAUUCCGACCACCGGAGCUUUGCCGUGCAGCCGCCCUCCGCCUGUACCUGCCUAACCUCUGCCAUUCGACGCCUGCAACCAGUCGUCGCCGCCACCAGUCACGUUGCAGUCAACAAGAGCCUAGCCUUCGCCAGUCAGCCACAACAAACAACCGGACGCCAGAGGCGAGACACACCGGCGAUGUUGCAGACGCCGGCAACGAGACACACCACCCGCCCGCCGCGUCGGCUCUCACUCGUCGCCACUAA